CUCAACGCCGUUCAAAAGCAUAUAUAAUUAAGAAAGAAGAGAAAAAGAGUUGAACAUCAAAAUGGCAUCGAGAUCAGCUGUUGAACUCGAUUUCUUCAGAAUGGAGAGAGACUGCUCCUCCAAACCUCUUCCCAAUAAGCUCUUCGAUCGCCGUCGAAGCUUUCGAGAUAUUCAAAGUUUCGUUUCAAAGAUGAAUCCCGAGCUUCUGAAGACUGUGAUUGCUUCUGGCUCUGUGGACCAGAGCACCAAUUUGUCAAAAUCGUCUUCAUUUUCAGUCCCGGUGACUCCGAAACACGAAGAGAAUGUCUUUCCCGCUUUCCCCCUCUACACUCCGACCUUCCGGAGCAAUACUUGUGGUUCUGAUCAAAGCACUCCUGAAUCUGGUCCAUUGACGAUUUUCUACAACGGAACCGUUACGGUUUUCGAUGUCCCUCGGCACGAGGCAGAAAACAUUUUGAAAAUUGCAAAGGGAGGAGUAUCCAAAACUGUUGAAUCUGUAAAUCCAGAACUCGCGUUGUCUUCAACAGAUCAACAUCAACUUCUGGAGACUCUCAAGGGAGAUCUACGACAGACUCGUACAAAGUCGCUGCAGAGGUUUCUGGAAAAGCGCAAAGAGAGGCUAACUCUAGAAUUGUCGCCUUAUGGUUGUCCAACCCGCAACACAUUUUCGGGGAAGAAUACAUCAAGAUAUGAAGAUUAGAAAUAGUAGGAUAUAAUUUUCUCUAUCAUCCUGGGUAGAAGAGGACCGCGCCUAACUGCACGUGUUGGUAAUGCGUUGAAAAGGAAGUGGGAAGGUGUCCUUGUACCCUCUCCUUCCUCGCACCUUCCUUUGUUAUUUUGUGUAGACCAAAAGAAUAUUUCGCUUUCUUUAACUAUAUGUUAAUGUUUUUGGUAUGCGUUUAUUUAUUUAUUUUGUUGUUUUCUUUCUGUGUCUUUCGGUGGCCAAUUCAACAAUGGUGUGUAGUUGAAUAUUGUUGACCAUUGUGAAGUGAAAUGUGAAGAUCCUUUGAGAGUGGAACUCCAUGAAAAGUACUCAAAUGCAAAAUAACCAACUAUUUUAUGUGUUUCA